GACUCCAGCCGGUGGCUCCGCGUCUGAUCGUGCUCGCAUCUCGUGCUUCGCGCCCCGUGCACCGUGCACCACUCGCCGUCGAUGGCAGAUUGACGCCGCUCUUUUGCGGCAGGUAUUCGAGGCGGCCCGGGCAUGGACUCUCAGCAGCAGCAGUACUGUCUGAAAUGGAACAGCUUCGGCUCGAACCUGGCCACGUCCUUCGCGAACCUCUGGAACUCGGAGAGUCUCGCGGAUGUCACACUGUACUGCGAAGGCCGCCAAUUCAAAGCUCACAAGGUGAUCCUGGCCGCUUGCAGCAAACAUUUUCAAGAGUUGUUUGACACAGCACCUCCGAGCCAUGCGGGCGCGUGCUACGUCAUCCUGGAGGCCACCUCUGCGGACAAUAUGCAAGCUCUUCUCGAGUUCAUGUAUAAAGGGGAGGUCCAUGUUAGCCAGGAUGCCCUCUCCAGUUUUCUUAAGAGCGGAGAGAAUUUGCAGGUUAAAGGCCUAUCUAUGGAGAUGUCCCAAGAUGCUUGGGUGAAGCAGCAGACUCAGCAGUCUUCGGGGGAUCGCCAUCAGACGCGCAUAAAGACAAGCCCGGUGUCAGGAUCAGGAAAUUGUGAAGUACAGGAAUCUGCGCCACCGCAGUCCCAUACAGCUACUUUCGCGCCCAUUAUACCUCAGUAUGGGAUGCCAAUACAUACUGGUAGUGGGAGUAUCGGCCGAUAUGCUCCGCCAGCACAUUUGCCAUUGCAUCCAACUUCUCACCGCAGGCCGGCGCCUCCUAAACCGUCGCCGUCUCAGAGCCCACACGCUAGAAAUUACAGGCAAAGUUCAUCAUCGUCACAUUGUGGUAGCGUCGCUGAUGAGCCUGACACGCGAUCGUCCCCUGGUGCUGGUCAACGGUACGAGGAAAACCAACCAGACUGCACAUCCACUCUUGGGAAUCCGAUUAAGAAUAAUGGAUAUGAACGCAGCGCUUCAGCUAAUGACGAAAUGAUAGAUCGCCUGUCUAGUGAACAGGGCGCUGAAGAUCUACGAGUGAAGAAUGAGAAUGAUUAUCAUACAACUGGGUACAAUAAUUCCCCGCCACCUCCGGCUUCAAUACCAACCACGAAUUAUCAUGAUAAGCCACUCGCGACAUCGCCAAUACCGCCGAAACCUAGCCCCGAGAAUAUAUGGCCAGCGAAGAUGAUUACGAGCAAAUCAGGCGGCAUUGCUACUGCCGACGGUAAAAAGCUAAAGUGUCCAUACUGCGAGAGACUUUACGGAUAUGAGACGAACCUACGAGCCCACAUCAGGCAGCGACAUCAGGGCAUCCGAGUGCCGUGUCCGCACUGCUCGCGCACCUUCACGCGCAACAAUACGGUGCGGCGCCACAUCGCCCGCGAACAUCGCCACCAGGUCACCCCCCACCUUCCCCAAGGCCCACUCCCAAACCACACGCAGUAAAUUCCCGGGAUAACGCAAAUUUUCAAUCCUAUUUUCAACCAAACUACCUCUGCCAUUUUUGGCCGGCGCGGGUGACUUUUCUACGGAAGAUUCGAAGUUCCAUUUUUAAAUUUUUAACCACAACUACAUUGAAAUUUGAACAUGGAACGUAGGUGUUGCCAGUGUUUUGGUUGUGUAUUCACUUGGUGGACUCAUUUGCGAACAAGUGGCCCUCGCCGCGUCCUGAACUGUAACAUGCGUACAAUAAAUUACCUCGUUGAUAUAAUUAUGUAACCAGUAAUCUACCUCAGAAAUUGAUCUUAAGAUUUUUUAAGGUUUUGAACUUGUGCGAUAAUUGUUACUUAAUUUAAAUAUUCAAGUGUGACUUCGAAUGGUUGCUCAGUGCUCGUCUCUUUCUGGUACUAUGUUUUAAAAAUAUUGUACCUAGUAUUGCACCCUCAUCGCGUUAACGUACCUUAAUUUUUUGCAAAGUUUUAAUAAUAUAUGUCCAGUUGACUGUGAGAUAAAGUUACCUUGUAUAGACGGUUUGUUUUUAGCUCUCGGUGGAAUG